AUUUAGGCUUAUUUCUACUCCUUACUUCAGGCCCAGGUGAUCACCCUGAUCAGUUCCCAGCAGCCCGGGGCAACCCCCGAGGAAUGUCUCUGAACGUGAGCCGGAAUAGGAUAGCAGCGGAGGUGAAAAAGCUUGCCAACGAGCCCCCAGCAGGCAUAUCGGCUUGGCCUAACGAAGGUAGUGCCACCUGCAUCGAUGCACAGAUCAUGGGGCCUGAAGGUAGCCCCUAUGAAGGCGGCCUUUUUCACCUGCGGGUGAAUUUCCCCGACAGGUACCCUUUCGAGCCUCCAAACGUGAAGUUCCUCACAAAGGUGUAUCACCCCAACAUUUCACAUGACGGAAACAUCUGCCUCAGCGUACUAAAGACUGAUUGGGGACCGCAGCACAACCUGACAAGCGUGCUCCUCAGCAUUCAGUCGCUUCUAGCAGAGCCCAACUCAAACGACCCGCUGGACGCAGAUGCGGGCAGGGAGCACAAGGCUCAUCCGGAGCUCUUCCGAAGGCGCGCUGCCGAGUUUACGCGCAAGUACGCUUUCCCGGAAGCACACAGGCCCACGAGCACUGCGGCCCAGGCGGAGGGCUCUGGAACUGGAGGCCAAGCAGGCGUCACCGCUGGGCCCGGGGCAGGACAACUGCAUGCAUCUGGUUCCACCGCUGGGGCCGCCCAGGCUGAGGUGACGCUACCCUUGCGGCAGAGCAAGGCAGAUGCGACGGCGGAAGAUGCAAGCUUAAGCGCAACGGCCGCUCGCGAGUCAGCGCAAGUGGCAAAGCCGGAGCAGCCAAUGCAAGACAGGAACGUGAGAGGAGAAGCAGGAGCAGGUGCAGUCACAACAACGGCAGGCUUGAAUAGCGCGACCAGCGCAAAGCGUGCGCCGGCGGAAGCGCCCAAGUCGAGGCUGUCGUUAAGCAAGCGCGCUCGCGCGCAGAUAUAGAUCUAAGCUGGCAACGGUGUGUCCCGCACGAGGACAAUAGCGGUGGCGGCUGCUACACUUAAUUUGCUGCGCGCACUUGGAAAAUCAGGAAGCGAGCCGCGCCGUACAGGCACUCAUCUAGAGGCCUCAUGCUUGCUUGUGCGUUGCGCCUUUGAAGUAAUUCACUGCACUGCACAAAACAUAUAAACGUUUGUAAAUACUGGCAAGGGUCGUUGUGAAGUUCUCUGGUUGGCGCUUAAGGGCGACAACGCAUUUUGCAGGUCCUAAAGCGUUAAACAGCUGCUUACUGCACGUCGCUUAGAAGAAUGCUUCCUUGCCUUCAGCCGCGGUUGGGCAAGCUUGCUGGCACGCCCCGGGGCUUUAGUUCGUCGCUUCCUCCACGUCGCCCAAUUGCAACGGGCCUGCUUAAUGUUCAGCGCGCCCGCAAGUUGGUGGCUGUUCGCGAGGCCGCGGUGACUGAGCUGGUGGAGGCCAAGUCAAGCGAGGCAGAGGGGUGCAAGACUGCAGACGUGGACUCGACCGUUGUCACCCCGGAGAGCCUGAACGCAGGCACCAUCCUGUACAACGCACGCAGCGACACAGCAGCCGCCGUGAGCACCCCACCCGCCAGCCACAACGGCAAUGGCAACGGCGCCAGCAGCAACGGCGCCCAAGCUCCAACCGCCGCCUACUCCAACGGUACCAGCAACGGCGCCGCCGCGGCUGCUGCUGCCAGCCCGGCUGCGAGCAGCGCCCCCCUACCGCAACCCCCAGCCGUUCAGCCCAGCAAGCUGGCAGCCUCCCCGGCUUCCCCUGCCGUACCCUCCUCCUCGUCCUCCUCAUCCUCCUCCACUUCGGUGCUGUCUCCGCUGUCCACAGCCUCCCUGGACAGUGCCAUGGACCCCCAGGCUGCGGGGCAGAUUGAGACGGUGGCUGCCACCAUAGGCGCGGAGCGGGCGGCGGCGACCCCGGGUGCUGCUGGCGGUAAGGCUGCGGCGGCGGAGGUGAAGAAGCCCAAGACCGCCGCCGGCACGCCGUACAGCAACCCAGGUGGCCGCUGGAACCAGUUCAAGACGUACUCGGUGGCUCAGCGCACGUUUGAGAUCUGGAGCUUCGCCUUCCAGUUUGCCUUCCGCUACCUGCUGCUCAACCAGAAGUUCACGUACGGCAAGGAGGGCAUGACGAAGGAGGCGGUUUCGGCGCGCAAGAAGGAGCUCGCCAUCUGGCUGCGGGAGGGGCUGGUCCGCCUGGGACCCACGUUUAUCAAGAUUGGUCAGCAGUUCUCUACGCGUGUGGACGUGCUGUCGCCCGAGUUCGUCAAGGAGCUGGAGAAGCUGCAGGACAACGUGCCCCCCUUUGACCGCGAGGCGGCUCGCAGCAUCCUGGAGGCCUCGCUGGGUCGCCCCGUGGAUCAGGUGUUUGCGGAGUUUGAGAUUGAGCCCAUCGCGGCGGCCUCGCUGGGACAGGUGCACCUCGCUCGUCUGAAGGACGGUCAGCGGGUGGUGGUGAAGGUGCAGCGGCCGGGGCUGAAGGAGCUCUUCGACAUCGACCUCAAGAACAUCCGGGCGCUGGCGGUGUGGCUGCAGAAGGUGGACCCCAAGACCGACGGCGCCGCUCGCGACUGGGUCGCCAUCUACGACGAGUGCAGCCGCAUCCUGUACCAGGAGAUCGACUACCGGCUGGAGGGGCGCAACGCGGACCGCUUCCGGGAGAACUUCGCGGGGGUGGACUGGGUCAAGGUGCCGCGCGUGUUCUGGGAGUACAGCAGCCAGGAGGUGCUGGUGCUGGAGUAUGCGCCAGGCACUAAGAUCAACGACGGUGCCGCCAUCGACCGCAUGGGCCUGGACCGCAAGCGGCUGGCCCGGCUGGCGGUGGAGUCGUACCUGCAGCAGAUCCUGCGGUACGGCUUCUUCCAUGCGGACCCGCACCCUGGCAAUGUGGCUGUUGACGCCGAGAACGGCGGGCGGCUGAUCUACUACGACUUCGGCAUGAUGGGCAGCCUGGCGCCGCAGGUCAAGUCGGGGCUGCUGGAGCUAUUCUACGGCGUGUACAACCGCGACCCCGACCGCUGCCUGGACGCGCUGGCCACCAUGGGGGUGUACGUGUCCACGGGGGACCGUACGGCGGUGCGGCGUACGGCAGAGUUCUUCCUCAAGGGCUUCCAGGAUCGCCUUGACGCCCAGAAGGCUCAGCGGGAGGAGAAGGGCAAGGAGUACAACCAGUCCUACAAGCCGCAACGCAACAAGGACGAGGCCAAGGAGCGGCGGCGCCAGAUCCUCUCCUCCAUCGGAGAGGACCUGCUGCUUGCCGCCGCCGACCAGCCCUUCCGCUUCCCCGCCACCUUCACCUUUGUGGUGCGCUCCUUCACGGUGCUGGACGGCAUCGGCAAGAGCCUGGACCCGCGGUUCGACAUCACGGAGAUCGCUGCGCCGUACGCGCGGGAGCUGCUGCUGGAGGGCAACCCGGUGGGGGCCAAGCUGCAGCGGGAGUUCCAGAUCGGGCUGGCGAACCAGAACCGCGCCCUGAAGAAUCUGUUUGUGGGUCCCAACAAGAUCGAGGAUAUCGCGCUCACCAUGCAGCGCCUGGAGCGGGGAGACCUCAAGCUGCGGGUGCGGGCGCUGGAGGCGGAGCGAGCGCUGGCGCGGGUGCAGGCCUGGCAGCGCGUCAUCUUCGCCGCGCUGGCUGCCUCCUCGCUGCUCAACAUCGGCACCGCACUGUCGGUGGCGUCGCGGGCGGCGGGCGCCACCGCCUGCUUUGUGGGCGCGGCGGCGUGCGGCUUCCUGCUGCUCAAGAACUACCUCAAGGUGGCGCAGCUGGAGAAGAAGGAGCUGCAGCUGACGGGGCAGACGGUGUAAGGGGGCAGGGCGCGGUGAGAAGCGAAGCCAUGGAGUCCCUAGGCGGUGUGGGGGGCGAGGGCGGGGAUGAGGAAGGAAUGCUUUGUGUCCUCGCGGUUUGGCGUAGGACAUUGGCGGAGGCUUUGAAGGCAUUGGAGAGCUAGCGGGGGUGCAGAGAGGGGGGCGAGGAGAGCCCUGGGAUUGAGGUGAGGUGGGAGAGGAGGGGCGUUGCGGUGUGUUGGAGAGAGCGAGAUUGGAAGUGGUGGGAGCAGGAGCAGUCGGGGUGACUUGCGAGGCGAGAGGAGCUGCUGUAAGGGAGGGGAACCCUUGCGGAAUAAGCUUGCUGAGGGAGUGCGAGCGCAAGUAAGGCAGAAGAGCGUGGAGGCAGCGGAAGGCUGCGCAGGAAUUUGGAGUUGACGCGUAUGGCAGUCGCUGCUAAAAACGUGGAGAGUGCAGAGGAGGAGAGAUGACUUGGAACAGGAGGGGAACAUGUUUUUUGCGACGAGGGUGAGGAAGGUAAAGCGGGGUUUGCAUGGCUGGUGCGUGGUGUCCCUGCAUGCUUGGGGGCUGCCGUGCACUUGACAUCCGCCUCCAACUCGAGGCCUAGUGUUGAUGUGUUGCUUGAGGACUCGAGGCCAAGGUUGCGCAAUACGGCAACGGGUGGCUGUGAUGGCCCUCACCGGUAGCCCCAGGUGAACAAGAACUAUCAACCAAACCAUGCGCUGUGAGGAUGUGGCGCAGCAACGGGAAGUUGACGAGUGCGUGGCUCUCGAAGGGGAGGGCGCGUGGGGCUGUCCGACAGCGGUGUGCGCGUGCCGUGCCAUAUACGCAUUGCUUAUGUAUUGUGAGAGUUGCGCAUGUAUUUGGUGGAUCAUCUAUGGAGUGGAGUGUUACGAAGCGUGGCGCUGCCCUUGGCCGCUGCAACAGUUUUGGGAUUGGAGUCGUGGGUCUUAUACCUUUUAAAAACUGCGAGUCAUUUGGUAGCCAUGUAUGCGUCGUGUUUACGCGGACGCUCGCGUGGAAGGCGCGUAGCGUCAACCGUUAGGUGGCGUGCCAGCGGUGGCUGCGUGUGCAGGGGAAGCAGUAGCCUCUGCAGCAGCAUGUGCCGAUUGGUGCAUGUCUUGAGUUGCAUGGGCGUAGCGCCCUACGUUUGUGUGUUGGCUGUCCUCGACAACUUUGUUUACCCAUCCUAGUUUGUUAUGCCGGAGCAGUAUCCUCGUUCCUACCUAACGGGCUCAGAUGUAGUAGCACGUCUGGUGUUAUUGUUUUCGCCCAAUGGGAAAUCAAAGGUGGCUGUCAACAUACGUUGCGGCAAUUAAAGGGCGCUGGAACCGGUUCAAGGUUGGACAUGUGUCGUACAACGGCAGAGUUCGUUCCUUAUAAGGAUAUUGAUUAGCACACGUGAGAUUAGUCAAGAUGUCAUGCAGAUAGAUGUUGGCAUUGUCCUACCCGGGCGGGAACUUCGGGUUGGUGAUGGUGCACAUGUGUUGCCAGGGUGGCAGUGUACGUCGUUCACAUGUUCCUUGUUGAACGUACAGUUGGCUUUCUAUACCCGGUCAUUCCGCCUGCCGCAUGCCAAGGCUUCAGUCACCCUAGUCAUUACUUGCGCACUCGGGGAACAAGCACAGACACGCACCUUGGGUACUUGAGCCGGGCCAACACUGGUUCCAGCAGCUGCCCUAACUUCAAGUGAAGACCGCCACGCAAUCGGGACUCGGUCGUGGCUGUUGGCUGUGGAAUGUAACCAACGCUUAACUU